AUGAGAGCCUCAAAACGGCACCUCAGAAUGGGUUCUCAAUUGUCCUCACCUGACCAGAAAUCCGGUACUUCGUACACUUCAACUACCGAUGACAAACCAAUCCAGACCAGACGCACGAGACGGCAUCGACAUACUGAAGCUACAAACACAAACGCUCGUGAACAUAAUCAACCAGACAGAUUAAAGUUGCUUUUUCGUGAGCAGCGAAGUUAUCGAACCUUGUCCGAACAGAAGGUGACGGAAUGGCUUUCAAAGAAUAAGGAGUUCUAUUCUGUUAUGCCGAGGGAUCUCACGGAAAUUCCGGAACAAAUAUUCAGCCCAAUAGAAUCGAUGGCAAAUGAAAAAACUGCUGAAAAAACUUAUUCGAAUCCGAGUAAAAGUGAACGUAGUGGUCAUACUAAUCCUCAUGGUCAUGCAGACGGGCAUUCCAGUCGAAGGCCUCGAGACAAAAUGAACCAUUACAUGCAGCGAACGAGUUCGAAACACCACACUCAUCACAGUUCUGUGGUGAUCCAUAAACAUGACUCUUCUCACACAAAACGGACUAAAUCUUCGAGUAAACGACACAGAAGCAUUCGUAAACUUGAUUCGGAUACUAAUCAUUUUGAUGAAAGCACGACUUCGGCAGAUGGUCUAUCUCCCCGCGAAUUUGAACUGUUAUCAGGUCGACGUCACCGUUUAACUUGCGCAAGGCGAGAGUCACACUGCUUGGCCCCGCGAUCUUCCACCAUGACAAAACGGCCAAUUGAUCCGUGGCCCGCAAAUUCCGCCAUCUUGGCCUCGAAGAGGGCCUUACCUAGUAUGGUACAAAAUAACGCUUUGAAUCGCCAGCGUCUGAAACUGCGUGAUUCGGUGAUUGAACCAGUGAGUAGCCUACAGCAAAGUUUGUCGCUUAAACGCUCGUCUGAUUUCCGUAGACAGGGACUCUGUUCUAUCCCGAAACGUGAGCGUCCCCCAAAGCGAGCUGAAUUGGGAAAGGACUUCUCCAUACAAGAUUCGCAUGUACCCAUGAGGCCAUUUCAAAAACCUCGGAGUCGUUCAGUAGUGUGGCAGUCACCUGCUACAAUAAAGCGAUUGCAGAAAAUUGCGACAAUGUGGGUCAGUCGGAGAGAGUAA